CUGGGCGGGUCGGGGACACACUUCCGCCCCUCACCAAUAUGGCCGCAGGCUGGGACUGCGCAUGAGCAGCUGUCUAUGGAGAGACCUAGAUCCAAAGACGGAGAACGCUGCCGGGGGAAAUUGGCGACUGAAGCGGCCUGGGCCGGCCAGCCUUGCCAUCAGAAUUGGGGGAGCUGACUGCCCUUUGUGGAUGAUUGGUUUAUCUCCUGGUUGCGUCUUCUUGGAGCCUGGGACGCCUGUUCAGUUGCUUUGCCUCACUGCAGACUCUGAUUCCCACCAGGAUUUAGCAUUCAGGCCUUGGAGUCAGGAGAUACAAGGUCCUCCAAAAAAAGACCAGCGCCUCGGAUGAGCCCCCUCACAGAGAGAUGAAGGGGCAGCAGAAAACAGCCGAAACCGAAGAGGGGACGGUGCAGAUUCAGGAAGGUGCAGUGGCUACUGGAGAGGACCCAACUAGUGUAGCUAUCGCCAGCAUCCAAUCAGCUGCCACUUUCCCCGACCCCAACGUGGGCACGUCUUCCGAACUGAGAAUGGGGGGCCAGGUGAUGUACAGGGUGAUCCAGGUGUCUGAGGGGCAGCUGGAUGGCCAGACAGAGGGCUCUGGCGCUAUCAGUGGCUACCCUGCCACUCAGUCUAUGACUCAGGCAGUGAUCCAGGGGGCUUUCACCAGUGAUGAUGCUGUUGACGCGGAGGGGACAGCUGCCGAGACACACUACACUUACUUCCCCAGCACCGCAGUGGGAGAUGGGUCAGGGGGUACGACAUCUGGGAGUACAACCGCUGUGGUCACCACCCAGGGCUCAGAGGCACUGCUGGGGCAGGCAACCCCGCCCAGCACAGGCCAAUUCUUCGUGAUGAUGUCACCACAAGAAGUGUUACAGGGAGGGAGCCAGCGGUCGAUUGCCCCCAGGACCCACCCUUAUUCCCCGAAGUCAGAGGCUCCCAGGACAACUCGAGAUGAGAAACGGAGGGCUCAACAUAACGAAGUGGAGCGCCGCCGCCGGGACAAGAUCAACAACUGGAUUGUACAGCUGUCCAAAAUCAUCCCAGACUGCUCUAUGGAGAGCACCAAGUCUGGCCAGAGUAAGGGUGGAAUCCUGUCCAAAGCCUGUGACUAUAUCCAGGAGCUACGUCAGAGCAACCACCGGUUGUCUGAAGAGCUGCAGGGGUUAGAUCAGUUGCAGCUGGACAAUGACGUGCUUCGACAACAGGUCAGGCUAAUUCCAGGACGGCCCCCUUGGCACCCUGUAGCUGCUGACCCAGUUUGGAUUCCCUGGAAAACACUUACGUUGUCCUUCUCCACCAUGGCUGUCAGGCUGACUUGAUGGCUCAGCAGCGACACUGUUUUUUUUCCUAAUUAUUUCCGUUAUUGCCUUCUUUCUGUGCAGGUGGAAGAUCUUAAAAACAAGAACCUGCUACUACGAGCUCAGUUACGGCACCACGGAUUAGAGGUCGUCAUCAAGAAUGACAGCAACUAACUGUGGGGACUCAGGGGCUUUGGGCCCGAGAACUGCACAUAGCCCAGGAGCAACAGGCUGACCCCAUGCCCCUCCCCUUCACUGCCUACUUCUGGCGUGGAACUCGGGGGAGUUGGGCAAGUGUGAUUUUGAACUGAGGCCUGUGGCAUGGCAGUCUGCAGUGAGUGCUGGGAAACCGUGUGGACACGCACCGCCAGCCUUGCCUGCCCCCACCGCGCAGUCCCCGGGCCCUGGUGCUCCUUUGGCACACUGCAUGUGCUGUCUCCUUGGUGGACACUGGACACACGAAAUCUGGGCUCGCCGCGUGCUUGCUUAGAGUGCCUGGCAGAGGGUCUGUGGGCCGAGUACUUCACUGGUUCUUCCUUUCUCUGAAGCAGAAGUUAAGAUACAUACCUGGUUACUCUGGGGAGCAGGCUUACUCAAGAGGUGGGGAAGGAUGCUAGCUGGCUGCUCUCCCAGGAGUAGAGGGGGCAGUGAGCAGCCGAAGCCUCUGCAGAAGGCCCUGGAGUCAGGGAGAGCUAUAGGCAGGGCGGGUUCACGGAGAGCCCGCCCUGUUCCAGGGGUGGUUCUUUUUAUUUCUUUACUUUUUUUUUUUUUAAAGAUAAAAUUGUUUAGAGCCACA